CAAAAAAAAAAGACAAAAGAUCUGCUACACCUCUGAGGCACAGACAGAAGAAAAGAAAUUGAGACCACAUUUUUCAUCACCAAGUACUAUGUCUCGUCCUGCAAACAGAAGGCCAGAAGACCAUAAAAUUAACAAAGAUCUUUUUGUCCUCACCUAUGGAGCUCUGGUUGCCCAACUGUGUAAGGACUAUGAAAAAGAUGAAGAUGUAAACAAAUACUUAGAUAAAAUGGGUUAUGGCAUUGGAACACGGCUGGUAGAAGACUUUUUGGCUCGAUCCCGUGUGAGAAGAUGCCACAGUUACUCAGAAAUUACAGACAUAAUUGCCCAGGUUGCUUUCAAGAUGUAUUUGGGAAUUACACCAAGUGUGACCUGUAACAAUGCAAGCAAAAAUGAAUUUUCCCUGAUUCUCGACAAGAAUCCUCUGGUGGAGUUUGUGGAAGAGCUCCCUGCUGGGCGAUCUUCUCUGUGCUAUUGCAAUUUACUCUGUGGGAUUAUCAGAGGUGCCCUGGAAAUGGUUAAUUUGGCUGCUGAUGUUACAUUCUUGCAUGACAGACUAAAAGGUGACAGUGUAACAGAAAUAGGAAUAACAUUUCUAAAAAAGCUAGAUGAGAAAAAAUAUAGACGGAAAAAAUGAAGACUUGCAUGCAAAAUGCCACUGGGUGGCUAGCUGAGGAAAAAAAUAUUAACCAACCAUGCAUAGCCAUAGAAAAUUUGAAGUGCUUAAUAGCUUUGACUUUGAAAUGCUUAUAAAUCAGCCAGAAAUUUGAAAUGCAGGUAUAAAGAUUUUCUUUUGCUUACAAAUCACACAUUUUCAAUCUCAUAUUCACAGGAUUUUAUAUACAAAUAAUUCCUAUAAGAUAGUGAGCAUGAAUUCAACAUAUUAUACAAUUCCAUCCUCAGAGAGUCUAUCCAUUUCAUUUAUUUAUGGUAACAGAAAAAAAAA